AUGUUUACAGACAUACCUAAAAACCUGUUGAUCAAGGUCAUGGACUAUAGCGACUCUAUGACAGAUUUAGUACAGUACUGUUUGGUUUGCAAACUGUGGAGUGUCAUUGCAAAGCCGUUGUUAGACAGUAGACGUUCAACAAAGCUUCCUGACAUACCUGGAACACUGGUAACCAAGAUCAUAAACUGUAGCGAUUCAGUGGCAAAUCUAGCUCAAUUUCGCCUGGUUUGCAAGUCGUGGAAUGUCAUUGCGGAGCCAUUGAUGUUUAGUAGACGCAUAAAGAUCAGCUCGUCAUACGCCGCUCUUGCAUUCUAUGGUCAUUUGUACAGACGACCAAAUUACGGAAAACUCAUCAACCACUUGCAUUUCGAAGAAGAUUUCCUGCCAGUGGCUAUACAACAUGAAUUAUUACGCCUUGCCUUUACGCCUAGCAUGGAGAGGAUCACUGGCGAAAUUGACGAUGACGACUUUUACCUAUUGAUGAGCAGCAUUGCAGACAAAGCCAGAGACAAAUUUGAUAAAUUGAAAGCCAUACCUCACCCCUCAUGCUACUCUGUAGUCUACAACUGUGCUCUGCUUAACUUUAAGUCUACUUUGGAAGAAAUUACUUUUUCACUUCGAGAUGAGAAUGGAGAAGAUUACAGUUCUACUUGGGAUCUCUCAAGAUUUGAAUCCUUUGUAAACUUGACCAAGUUUGAAUUGGAAGCAGACCUGGAAGCUGUUUUCGACCUUGAAGAUGCCUUGGCUGGGUGCUCUCGAUUGAAGGAACUGACAGUGAAGGUGUACUUCAAUGAUAGAUUACAUGUAAAAAGCGAGGUGGAAGCUUGGGCGCCUAUCAAUGUGAAAAUUGUAAACACUGUCAAAAAACUGGUGAUCACCCGUGAAUGUCGAUCGGAUCUUCUGGAAUAUCUGUUGUUCAAGUACCCCAAUACUGAUACAAUUGAUAUUGACGUAGAAAAGCCAUUGAUACUAUCGAGCAACAAUUUGCACCGCACACUGAAUAUCAUCAAAGCCAUACGCUCUCAUAAGGUAAAAUUUGCUGUAAAAAGCAAUGACCUGAUAGAAUCUUUGAGGUUCCUUAUUGCUGAUGGAAUUCAAUUUCGUAUGAAAGAAGAUGAGGAAAAUGAAAACUUUUGUAUCGAAAUCAGCAAUCUACUUUAG